CCGCCCUCUUUCAUCUGGGCUGUGGGGAUGGAACCAUCUGCCCCACGUGCCGGAAGUCAGCUGGUGGCGACGACGACGCGCCACUUCGCGUCCCACCGCGCCGAGACCCUGCGGGUGUCCUCGCGAGACGAACUCGCCGAAAUGGCCGCGUCCAGUCAAGGAAACCUUGAGGGACAUUUUGAGUCGCUGGACCUUGCGGAAUUUGCUAAAAAGCAGCCGUGGUGGCGCAAGCUGUUCGGGCAAGAAUCUGGGCCCUCUGCUGAAAAGUAUAGCGUGGCUACCCAGCUGCUCAUUGGAGGCGUCACUGGAUGGUGCACAGGUUUCAUAUUCCAGAAGGUUGGGAAGUUGGCGGCAACAGCUGUGGGAGGUGGAUUUUUUCUCCUUCAGCUUGCAAACCAUACUGGCUACAUCAAGGUUGAUUGGCAGCGAGUAGAGAAGGAUAUGAAGAAAGCCAAGGAACAGCUGAAAAUCCGUAAGAGUAACCAGAUACCUAAUGAAGUCAAGAGCAAAGCUGAGGAGGUACUGGUCCCUUCUGACAACAUGUCAAAAGUAUGUGAGGGGUUGGGCCAAGAUGGCUGACUAGGUAGAAGCUACCUCGGAUCCCUCUUGCAACAAAGACUCGGAAAAACAAGUGAAUCGAUCACAUACAUGACAAUCUACGAACUGUGACUAUCAAACACAGAUCUAAAGAGUUGACCAGAGUGACAGAGACUCAGCCAGCGCAAGCAGGCUUCACACUGACGCGGCUAACGAGAGAACAAGCAACCACGGGGAAGCAGCGACUGUUUUCGGACCCUGGAGCCAGGGUCCCAGUCAGAAAACCUUGGCGCCAGGCCUUGGACUGGGCGCAGGGGAGCUGAGCACAGCAUCGUGAGACGGUGCAAACACGGGAUGCAGCCCUAGCCCCCAGAAGUGUACUCGGGGAAGCCCAGCCAGUGCACGUGGGCAGCGCAGCUGACAGGAAGAGAAGUCACCGGGAGGCAAUGACUGGUUUUGGAGCCUGGAGUGUGACGUCCCAGCCAGGGAACCUUGGCGCUGGGCUUUGGACUGGGAGCGGAGGAACUGACCACGGCUCCUGAGACAGCACAAGCACAGGACGCGGGCCUGACCCUCGGGGGCAAUCUCGACCCAGCCAGCACACACAGGCUACAGGCCCCUCGGGAAUCUCAGAUAAAACAGUCAUCACCAAGCAAGAUAAGUAACUUUGUCUAUAUUCCUGGGUGCUACUCUCUCCUAUCUAUCUGAUCCCUCCCCUCCCCUUCCCAGGCAGCUUCAUUAACAUUGGAAUCUCCUGGGCCAGAGAGUGAAGUACUCUAUGGGUUUUUUUUUCUUUUUUGUCUUUUCCUAACCCAUUCUCCUGGCCUCAGAGAAGCAGCUACAAAAAACCCAGGGACCAGAAAUCCUUCCCUGACUUGCCGAAAUUGGACUAAAAAUACAGAACCAGCUCCAGCCAAGCGUAUGAGAUCCACAGUCUCGGGCUUUCAUCCCUACAGGGAACAAGGUGGCUAUUAUAAUGCAAAGGCAAUUCUGAUAGUGAUCUGACUGUAAUUGUUUUAGCGGAUUACUGGGAAGACAACUUUCAUGGGUCUGAUAUCUCUACCUAUUAAACAGAGCCCUCACUGACCCACAACUAGGAACUGAGGGCCCAAGCUCCACCCAAACCAUCUAGCCUCCUGCUAUAGGGGUCUGAGGAUAGUGACAUCUACCAAUCUGUAGAGGUACAUGCAUUGGGUGCCUAAGGUACAGCUGCAGAGCCCACCCACCAAAGUGCUUUAGGAAUAGAGACACACCUACCUCACUGGCACUUGGGGGAAGCCUGUCAGCAUCCUGCCCCCCCUGGAGCAUGACCCCCUGCUGCUACUAGAAUCUGGUGCACACAACUAUCACCACUACACCUAUAAGUGAAUAGGUGACAGUCUACACCACACACUUGGUGACCCCAAAUCAGAUUCUACUCAAGAAUAGUGAAUGGACUCUUAGGCUUAUAUAUCUGGUAACAGCCCAAACCAGCUGGUAAUAGGACAUAAGUGAUUCAAGGGCUACAACAAUCAAGACAGCUCAACCUAAUAGCCCAUCUACGUAUAUUGAAAGAAAACAAAACAAGAUAAGACUCAGUGAGCAAAUAUAAAAUAAAUCAUUACAAUAUCUUAUAGAUGGCUCGGAGACAGCAGUCGAUAUCAAACCACAUAAAAAAGCAGACCAUGAUUGCUUCUACAACUCCCCAAAUUAAAGAAUCAAAAUCUUUCCCAAAUGAAGAUACAAUCCUGGAAUUGCCAGAUGCAGAAUAUAAAAACCUAAUUUACAGGAUGCUUCAAGACAUCAGGGAUGACCUCAGAAAUGAAAUAAGGCAAUCUACAGAAAAACCCAAGGAACACACUGAUAAAGCAGUGGAAGAACUCAAAAAGGUUAUUCAAGAACAUAGUGGAAAAAUUAAUAAGUUGCAAGAACCCAUAGAGAGACAACAUUCAGAAAUCCAAAAGAUUAACAGUAAAAUUACAGAAUUAGACAAAUCAAUAGGAAGUCAGAGGAGCAGAAUCAAGCAAUUGGAAUGCAGAGUUCGAGGAUAAGGCAAUUGACACCAAGGUAGUUGAAGAAAAAUCAGAUAAAAGAAUUAAAAAAACUGAAGAAACCCUAAGAAUCAUGUGGGACUCUAUCAAGAAGAAUAAAUUGCAUGUGAUUGGAGUUCCAGAACAGGGAGGAAUAACAGAAAAUACAGAGAGAAUAGUUGAAGAUCUGUUGGCAGAAAACUUCCCUGACAUCAUGAAAGAUGAAAGGAUAUCUAUCGAAGAUGCUCAUCGAACCCCAUACAAAAUUGAUCCAAAAAGAAAAUCACCAAGACAUAUUAUCAUCAAACUUGCCAAAACCAAAGAUAAAGAGAAAAUUUUAAAAGCAGCCAGGGGUAAAAGAAAGGUCUCCUACAAAGGAGAAUCAAUAAGUUCAGACUACUCAGCAGAAACCAUGCAGUCAAGAAGGCAAUUGGGAUGACAUAUACAGAGCACUGAAGGAGAAAAACUGCCAGCCAAGGAUCAUAUAUCCAGCAAAACUCUCUCUCAAAUAUGAAGGCGAAAUUAAAACUUUUACAGAUAAACACAAGCUUAGAGAAUUUGCAAAAACCAGACCCAAGCUACAGGAAAUACUAAAGGAAAAUUGUUUGGUCAGAAAAUCAAUAAUAGGAGAUACCAGCACAACACAAGGUCACAGAGCAGAACAUCCUGAUAUCAACUCAAAUAAGGAAAUCACAAAAACAAAUUAAGAUUAAUUUUAAAAAGAAAAAAUGCUCAAAACAGGGAAUCAUUGAAGUCAAUAUGUAAAAGGUCACAAUAAUCAAAAAGAGGGACUAAAUACAGGAGGCAUAGAACUGGCAUGUGGAGACGGAAAGAAUGUGAUAUAAGACAAUACAAGUUAGGUUUUUACUUAGAAAAAUAGGGGUAAAUAUUAAGGUAACCACAAAGAGGUAUAACAACUCCAUAACUCAAAAUAAAAACCAAGAAAAACAUAACGACUCGGCAAACAUAAAGUCAAGUACUAUGAAAAUGACGAACACAAUUUACAAAGAAAAACGUCUCAGCACAAAAAAGUAUGUGGAAAAAUGGAAUUGUCAACAACACACACAAACAGGCAUCAAAAUGACAGCACUAAGCACAUAAAAAAAAAAGCACAUAUACUUAUCUAUAAUUACACUGAAUGUAAAUGGACUAAAUGCACCAAUAAAGAGACGCAGAGUCUCAGACUGGAUAAAGAAACACGAUCCGUCUAUAUGCUGCCUACAAGAGACACACCUUAGACUUAGAGACACAAACAAACUAAAACUCAAAGCAUGGAAAAAAUAUAUCAAGCAAACAACAAGCAAAAAAGAGCAGGAGUAGCAAUAUUAAUUUCUGACAAAAUAGACUUUAAAGUUAAAUCCACCACAAAGGAUAAAGAAGGACACUACAUAAUGAUUAAAGGGACAAUUGACCAGGAAGAUAUAACCAUAUUAAAUAUUUAUGCACCCAAUGACAGGGCUGCAAGAUGUAUAAAACAAACUUUAACAGAACUGAAAAGUGAGAUAGACACCUCCACAAUUAUAGUAGGAGACUUCAACACACCACUUUCGGAGAAGGACAGGACACCCAGAAAGAAGCUCAACAGAGACACGGAAGACCUAAUUGCUACAAUCAGCCAACUUGACCUCAUUGACUUAUACAGAACACUCCACCCAACAGCUGCAAAGUAUACUUUUUUAUCUAGUGCACAUGGAACAUUCUGUAGAAUAGAUCACAUAUUAGGUCAUGAAACAACCCUCUGCUGAAUCCAAAACAUCGAAAUAUUACAAAGCAUCUUCUCAGACCACAAGGCCAUAAAAGUGGGAAUCAAUAACAGAAAAAUCAGGGGAAAAAAAUCAAAUACUUGGAAACUGAACAAUAUGCUGCUCAAAAAACACUGGGUUAUUAGAAGACAUUAAGGAGGGAAUAAAGAAAUUCAUAGAAUGCAAUGAGAAUGAAAACCCUUCCUAUCAAAACCCCUGGGACACAGCAAAAGCAGUGCUCAGAGGUCAAGUUGUAUCGAUACACACAUACGUAAAGAAGAAAGAGCCAAAAGCAGAGAACUGUCCCUACAACUUGAACAAAUAGAAAGUGAGCAAGAAAAGAAUCCAUCAGGCACCAGAAGAAAACAAAUGAUAAAAAUUAGAGCUGAACUAAAAAAUUAACAAAGCCAAAACCUGGUUCUUUGAAAAAAUUAACAAAAUUGAUAAACCAUUGGGCAGACUGACUAAAGAAAUACAGGAAAGGAAACAAAUAACCCGAAUAAGAAACGAGAUGGGCCACAUCAGAACAGACCCAACUGAAAUUAAAAGAAUCAUAUUUUAUUACGAAAAAUUGUACUCUAACAAAUUUGCAAACCUAGAAGAAAUGGAUGAAUUCCAAGAACAACACCACCUACCUAAAGUAACACAGUCGACGAAGAACAACUAAAUAGACCGAUAACAAAAAAAGAGAUUGAAACGGUAAUCAAAAAACUCGCAACAAAAAAAGCCCUGGUCUGGACAGCUUCACUGCAGAGUUCUACCAAACAUUCAGAAAAGAGUUAACACCGCUACUACUAAAGGUAUUUCAAAGCAUAGAAAAUGAUGGAAUACUACCUAACUCAUUCUAUGAAGUCACUAUAUCCCUGAUACCAAAACCAGGUAAGGACACUACAAAAAAAGAAAAUUACAGAUCUAUAUCCCUCAUGAACAUAGAUGCAAAAAUCUUCAGCAAAAUUCUACCCCAUAGAAUUCAACAACAUAUCAACAAAAUAAUCCACCACGACCAAGUGGGAUUUAUACCAGGUAUUUUUAUGCAAGUUUGGUUUAAUAUUAGAAAAACCAUUAAUGUAAUCCACCAUAUAAAUAAAACAAAAGACAAAAACCACAUGAUCUUAUCAAUUGAGGCAGAAAAGGCAUUUGACAAAGUCCAGCACCCAUUCAGGAUAAAAACUCUCGGCAAAAAGGAAUUGACGGAAAAUUCCUCAACAUAAUAACGGGCAUCUAUACAAAGCCAACAGCCAACGUCAUUCUAAAUGGAGAGACCCUGAAAGCAUUUCCCUUGUGAAAGGGAACCAGAGAAGGAUGCCCUUUAUCACCGCUCUUAUUCAACAUUGUGUUGGCUGUCCUAGCCAGAGCGAUUACGCUAGACAAAGAAAUAAAGGGCAUUCGGAUUGGCAAGGAAGAUGUAAAAUUAUCUCCAUUUGCAGUCGACAUGAUCUUAUACACAGAAAACCCUAAGGAAUCCUCCAGAAAGGUACUGAAACUAAUAGAAGAGUUCAGCAGAGUCUCAGGUUACAAGAUAAACAUACAAAAAUCACUUGGAUUCCUCUACAUCAACAAAAAGAACAUCGAAGAGGAAAUCACCAAAUCAAUACUAUUCACAGUAGCCCCCAAGAAGAUAAAAUACUUAGGAAUAAAUCUUACCAAAGAUGUAAAAGACGUAUACAAAGGAAACUACAAAGUACUAGUGCAAGAAACUAAAAGGGACCUACAUAAGUGGAAAAACAUACCUUGCUAAUGAAUAGUAAGGCCUAACAUAGUAAAAAUAUCUAUUCUACCAAAAGCCAUCUCUCCAUACAAUGCACUUCCGAUACAAAUUCCAAUGACAUUUUUUAAUGUGAUGGAGAAACAGAUGACCAGUUUCAUAUGGAAGGGAAAGAAGCCCCGGAUAAGUAAAGCAUUACUGAAAAAGAAGAAGAAAGUGGGAGGCCUCACUGUACCUGAUUUUAGAACCUAUUAUACAGCCACAGUAGUCAAAACAGCCUGGUACUGGUACAGCAACAGGCACAUAGACCAAUGGAACAGAAUUGAGAACCCCGAUAUAAAUCCAUCCACCUAUGAGCAGCUGAUAUUUGACAAAGGCCCAGUGUGAGUUAAUUGGGGAAAAGUUAGUCUUUUUAACAAAUGGUGCUGGCAUAACUGGAUAUCCAUCUGCAAAAAACUGAAACAGGACCCAUACCUCACACCAUGCACGAGAACUAACUCCAAGUGGAUCAAAUACCUAAACAUAAAGACUAAAACGAUAAAGGUCAUGGAAGAAAAAAUAGGGACAACGUUAGGAGCCCUAAUACAUGGCAUAAACAGUAUACAAAACAUUAUAAAGAAUGUAGAUGAAAAACUAGAUAACUGGGAGCUCCUAAAAAUCAAACACUUAUGCUCAUCCAAAGACUUCGCCAAACGAGUAAAAAGAUUACCUAGAGACUGGGAAAAAGUUUUUAGCUACGACAUUUCUGUUCAGCAUCUGAUCUCUAAAAUCUACAUGAUGCUGCAAAAACUCAACUGCAAAAAGACAAAUAACCCAAUUAAAAAAUGGGGAAAAGAGAUGAACAUGCACUUCACUAAAGAAGACAUUCACGUACCUAACAAAUACAUGAGGAAAUGCUCACCAUCGUUAGGCAUUAGAGAAAUGCAGAUCAAAACUACAAUGAGAUUUCAUCUCACUCCAGCAAGGCUGGCAUUAAUCCAAAAAACAUAAAACAAUAAAUGUUGGAGAGGCUGGGGAGAGAUUGGAACUGGUAUACACUGCUGGUGGGAACGUAAAAUGGUAUAACCGCUUUGGAAAUCUAUCUGGCGUUUUCUUAAAAAGUUAGAAAUAGAACUACCGUACAACCGAGAAAUCCCACUCCUCGGAAUAUACCCUAGGGAAAUAAGAGCCUUUACAGGAACAGGUAUAUGCACACCCAUGUUUAUUGCAGCUCUGUUUACAAUAGCAAAAAGCUGGAAGCAACCAAGGUGUCCAUCAACGCAUGAAUGGUUAAAUAAAUUGUGGUAUAUUUACACAAUGGAAUACUACGCAUCAAUAAGGAACAGUGAUGAAUCUGUGAAACAUUUCAUAACAUGGAGGAACCUGGAAGGCAUUAUGCUGAGCGAAAUUAGUCAGAUGCAAAAGGACAAAUAUUGUAUAAGACCACUAUUAUGAGAUCUUGAGAAAUAGUAUAAACUGAG